AUGCAGACACCCUCCUCCUCCUCUACUCCUGCUACUGGAGCGAAUGAGAGAAAUGGGGUGCAUAAGAAGCAAGUGUUUACGGUCCCGCAGCACGCAAUCAUCGACCAGAAGCUGUUUGACGUGCUCAUGGAUAUCAAAAACGACUUCGAUCAAGGAUUGAUUGAGUCAAUCAUACCAGAGAUUCCCGAAGACAAGAAGGGCAAGCAGCCUAUGAAGGAUCAUCGGCCUCUUGAGAAAAGGGCUUUGGAGGACGAGAAGGUCGCCAAAAUAGGCGUGAAUGCUCCCUCUUAUUGGGAAAACCGAUUCCAGCAACUCAAAAGAGACUGGUAUACGCCCAUCGCCAAUGUGGCUGGCGAAUCGGGGCGAGAGUUCAAAGAUGGUAAACUUCAAAUCAGCGAAGAGGAAUGGGAAGGGCUUAUCUCGACCAACAAAAGAUACAAAAGGCUCAAAGAGCAGCCCUUCCACCAUUUUGACGCCAUGAAGUACAUCCUCAAGAAUCAUACCACUACCGGGAACCUCGCCGGCCCCAUUCACCGCUCUCGGCCUCCCAAUCGCUCAACCUCGCCUCCCUCAGACUCGCCUUCGUCUCACCGCCAGCUCUCCACUUCUUCACGUCACUCCUUACCUCCAAUGUCCUUUGCCCAGGCUUCGGCAAGGCGACAUGCCCCCGUCAUUUCUCUCGAGGCUGAUAACGUCAGUCGAAAAACAAAAGGCGUUGUCGAGAGAGAGAGGAAUUAG